UCCCUCCACGCACCUUUCUUUCUCCUUUGUUGAAUCAACAAAGCGCUCCAUUCUCUGAGCUAAAAAAAAAACCAAGCUUUUAUCUAUUAUUUCUCCUAAAUCCCACCUCCAACUUCUAAUUUCAAUCCCCUUCCUCUCAAAUUCUCUUCUAGAAAUGGCCUCGUCCCCUCUCCCAACCACUUUAACAAAACCCACUCCCUUCAUCUCCCCCAAAAUUCUCAUCUCCCGCACAAAUUUCACCCCCAAAUCCCAACUGGGCUUCUCUUAUUCCCCCCAAAGACGUCCCCAAGAUCGAGGAUCUAAAGCAAGAAAGAGGCGAGAUCUCCGAGUAGAGGCUGCUCUAGGGGGUUUAUUGGGUGGAAUCUUCAGAGGGAAUGAUACGGGCGAAUCGACGAGGCAAAAGUAUGCGGAUUCGGUUGCUUCGAUUAAUAGGUUGGAACCCGAAAUGGCGAGCCUAUCGGAUUUGGAGCUGAGAGAGAGAACUGCGAGGCUGAAGGAGAGAGCUCAAAAUGGGGAGACAUUGGAUUCUCUGCUGGCAGAAGCGUUUGCUGUGGUGAGAGAGGGCUCGAAAAGAGUUUUGGGUCUUCGCCCGUUUGAUGUGCAACUGAUUGGUGGCAUGGUUCUUCACAAAGGGGAAAUUGCAGAGAUGAGGACUGGAGAAGGGAAAACACUUGUGGCUAUUUUGCCAGCAUAUCUGAAUGCACUGACUGGGAAAGGAGUGCAUAUUGUCACUGUGAAUGAUUAUCUUGCACGACGAGAUUGUGAGUGGGUUGGUCAAGUGCCUCGAUUUCUGGGACUGCAGGUUGGCCUAAUCCAACAGAAUAUGUCGAGCGAGCAAAGAAGGGAGAAUUACUUGUGUGACAUUACAUAUGUCACCAACAGUGAACUUGGAUUCGAUUACCUAAGAGACAAUCUUGCCACGAGUGUUGAUGAACUUGUCUUGAGAGGCUUCAACUACUGUGUGAUUGAUGAGGUUGAUUCUAUCCUUAUUGACGAAGCAAGAACACCUCUGAUCAUCUCAGGCCUUGCAGAUAAGCCGAGUGACCGGUACUACAAAGCAGCAAAGAUUGCUGCAGCUUUUGAGCGUGAUCUGCAUUAUACUGUGGAUGAAAAGCAAAAAACUGUUCUACUUACAGAACAGGGAUAUGAGGAUGCUGAGGAAAUCUUGGAUGUAAAGGAUCUCUAUGAUCCUCGAGAGCAAUGGGCUUCAUUUGUUUUAAAUGCCAUCAAGGCGAAGGAACUCUUUCUCAGAGAUGUAAACUACAUUGUUCGUGCCAAGGAAGUUCUAAUUGUGGAUGAAUUUACAGGUCGAGUCAUGCAAGGUAGGCGAUGGAGUGAUGGUCUUCAUCAGGCGGUGGAAGCAAAGGAAGGGUUGCCAAUUCAAAAUGAAACUGUCACACUUGCAUCCAUUAGUUACCAGAACUUUUUCCUCCAGUUCCCGAAGCUAUGUGGCAUGACUGGAACUGCAGCAACUGAGAGUACAGAAUUUGAGAGCAUAUAUAAGCUGAAAGUUACUAUUGUUCCAACAAACAAGCCCAUGAUAAGAAAGGAUGAGUCUGAUGUAGUCUUCAGGGCAACUACCGGAAAAUGGCGUGCGGUUGUAGUAGAGAUUUCAAGAAUGAACAAGACUGGGCGCCCAGUGCUUGUUGGUACAACUAGCGUUGAGCAAAGUGACUCCUUGUCAGAACAAUUACGUGAUGCUGGAAUACCUCAUGAGGUCCUCAAUGCAAAACCUGAAAAUGUUGAGAGGGAAGCUGAAAUUGUAGCACAAAGUGGUCGAUUAGGAGCAGUAACAAUAGCUACCAAUAUGGCAGGAAGGGGAACAGAUAUCAUUCUAGGUGGAAAUGCAGAAUUCAUUGCAAGAUUGAAGCUUCGUGAGAUGCUUAUGCCGAGAGUUGUCAAGCCUAUAGAAGGCACAUUUGUCUCUGUGAAGAAACUUCCACCAAAGAAAACUUGGCAGGUGAAUGAAACUCUAUUCCCUUGCAACCUUUCUAAAGAUACAGUAGCGUUGGCCAAAGCUGCAGUGGACUCUGCUGCCGAAACAUGGGGCCAAAGAUCACUAACGGAGCUUGAAGCAGAAGAGCGACUUUCGUAUUCAUGUGAAAAGGGUCCUAUUAAAGAUGAGGUCAUUUCAAAGUUGAGAGAUGCAUUCAAGAAAAUGGUUGAUGAAUACAAAGUUUAUACUGAAGAGGAAAGGAAAAAGGUUGUUUCGGCUGGUGGACUUCAUGUGGUGGGGACUGAGCGCCAUGAAUCACGUAGAAUAGAUAAUCAGCUUCGCGGUCGAAGUGGGAGGCAAGGUGAUCCAGGAAGCUCUAGGUUCUUUCUUAGUCUAGAAGAUAACAUUUUCCGGAUAUUUGGUGGAGACAGAGUACAGGGAUUAAUGAGAGCUUUCAGAGUCGAAGACCUUCCUAUAGAAUCAAAAAUGCUGACUAAGGCACUAGAUGAGGCUCAAAGGAAGGUGGAAAACUACUUUUUUGAUAUUCGGAAGCAGUUAUUUGAAUUCGAUGAAGUACUGAACAGCCAAAGAGAUCGGGUGUAUACUGAGAGGAGGAGGGCGCUUGAAUCAGAUAACCUUCAAUCUCUUAUUGUCGAAUAUGCAGAAUUGACUAUGGAUGACAUCUUAGAGGCCAAUGUUGGUCCAGAUGUUCCAAAGGAAAGCUGGGAUCUUGAUAAACUCAUUGCAAAACUGCAACAGUACUGCUAUCUAUUAAGUGAUCUGACACCAGAGUUGUUGCGAAGUAAAUGUUCAACCUAUGAGGACUUGCGGGAUUACCUUCGUUAUCGUGGGCGAGAAGCAUACUUUCAGAAAAGUGAGGUAGUGGAGAAAGAAGCUCCAGGGCUGAUGAAGGAAGCGGAGAGGUUCCUGGUUCUAAGCAACAUCGAUCGGUUAUGGAAGGAACACUUGCAAGCCCUCAAGUUCGUACAGCAAGCUGUGGGGUUGCGUGGAUAUGCCCAGCGGGAUCCCCUGAUUGAGUACAAGCUCGAGGGCUAUAACCUUUUCUUAGAGAUGAUGGCACAAAUCCGAAGGAAUGUUAUUUAUUCUAUUUACCAGUUCAAACCGGUGAUGGUGAAAAAUCAAGAGCAAGGCGAGAACCCACGCAGAAAAGAGGGGAAGAAGAAGGGCGCCGAUAACGACGCCAACCCCAUCGGUGCAGCUAAGGCAGCAUCACCGUAGGUUCUCUCCGGCCUCGGGGGUCAUCAUUGGAGAACAGUUUCUACGGGUGGCUUCUUGAUCCUAGUGUGGAUUGAGUUCAGGAGUCAUCCAAGUUUUCACUGCAGGAGAGAUACAAGCUGCGGCCGCACCCUUGGGAAAAAAAAUGAAACGUAAUGUAUCAACAGGUCAUACGUGUACCAUAAUUUGUAAAAACAAGAGCCAGAGAAAGCAACGAACUCUCUAAGUUGACCGAUCAA